AGCAAACGAUACCCACCUGCAAAUGGAACAGCAAACCCCCACCCCCCCACCCGCCGCCAACACCAACGCCACCACGACGUCGCAACCCUCCGACCCACCGCAAAGCUCGCAGCCACCCUCCUCAACAACCCCACCGGCAAUCCCACCGUCCCCAAACCCUAACCCUAUCCAGAACCCAAACCCUAAACCCUCCACAACCUCACUCCCGAGUCCUUCGCAACCACAAGCUCCAACCAGGCCUCCCUCCACAUUCUCCAGAGCUGUUACACCGCAGCCUAACUAUCCGCAUUUCUCUUCGCUGCCCUCUUCGUCUUCUCCGGCGUCUUCAUCUGGGUCUCCCUCCAUCUCCGCUCCGUCACCGAGGGGUGGCAUGGCCAUUGGUGUGCCGGCGCACCACGCCAGUAAUUCUCCGCAGCCCACGCCGUUCUCGUCCUCUUUCGGUCAGCACUUCACCGGGCUGGGACGGACUGGGGUCAGCGCGCCCGAAUCGGUCUCCAAUCCCAAUGCUUCCCAGGCGAGACCGACGAUGCAAGGAGUGCAGGGAAUGGGGAUGUUGGGAUCCCUUGGAUCGAGUUCGCAAAUGCGGCCGGGUGGGCUUUCAGCGCACCACCAACAGAGGCCUGUUCAGUCAUCUCUUAGGCCGCCAUCUACGCCGACUAAUCAGCCUUCUACUUCCCAAAAUCUUCAAGGGCAUGGCCUUCUGAGACUCUCAUCAGUGGGAUCUCCUGGUUCAUCACCAAAUACGCCACAAGGUAUGCAAGCUAUUAAUCAGCCAUGGUUGUCAUCUGGAUCACAAGGGAAGCCUCCUUUACCAUCCCCUUCAAAUAGGCAUCAGGGGAAUUCACCAAUGCAGCAGCGAGCACAUCUUCCUCAACAGCAGCAUCAUAUGGUGCCAACAGCUUCACAACAUAUGUCACCUCUGCAGCAGCAACAACCUUCACCAUCAAAUCAGUCGCAAGAGCAUUAUGGCCACCAAUUUCCACCAUCAAGGGUCCUGCAAAGUGUACCCCAUCAACAACAAAUUACGAGGUCCCAGGGCUCAGGAAAUCUGAAGCCUUCUUCUCUUGCAAUGAUGCAAACUAACACAGUCCAGUCUGGGCCACAGAAAAAAACAGCUGUGACAGAAAAUGAUGAAUCUUGUGAUAGGAUUCUUAGCAAAAGAAGCAUCCACGAGCUAGUCAACCAGGUUGAUCCAUUGGAGAAGUUAGAUCCUGAAGUUGAAGAAAUUCUUGUGGAUAUUGCAGAGGAUUUUGUUGACUCUAUUACAACAUUUGGCUGUUCGUUGGCCAAGCAUCGGAAGUCAACUACAUUGGAAGCAAAAGACAUACUUCUACAUCUUGAGAGAAAUUGGAAUAUGACGCUUCCUGGUUUUGGUGGCGAUGAAAUUAAGAGCUUUAGAAAACCACUUAUAAAUGAUGUUCACAAGGAGCGGCUUGCAGCAAUUAAGAAGUCAAUUGUAGCAACUGAGACAGCAACCAAGAUUUCUACCGGACAAGCUGCCGGAAAUGCAAAGGGUAAUCUGGCCAAGACACCUGCCACUUCAUUGGCUCCCCAAAGCUAAAGUACAUGAAGUCACGUGAAGCAUUUAUUGAUGCCAGACAUGAGAACCUUUUUUUUUUUUUUGAUAAAGAAGGAAACAGUUUGUGAAAAGAAAGGGGAAUGUUACAGAGUAAUGAAAACAAGAUUUCAUGCCUACUGCAGUGGGACAUUCAUGUAUAUGAAUCUUCUUCUUGUUGGUCUCGGGCCACAAAUGAUUGAGGAUGAAAAUUUUUGUUUCACUAAUUGAAAUUUCAAGCCCUCAAUGCUGUUGGGCCACCAGCAUGUUGAGUAGCAGCUGCAAGUUUGACCAGACUGGUGAACUCUUACAAGGUACCCCCAUCUUUUAGCUGUUAUGGCUGGUCAUUGCGCUGCUAUAAAUGAGGGUCUUUACCAACAAUCAUGGGAAUGCCGGAAAUGUUGUGUGUUUAUUGUUGCUGCAUAUAAUCUUCGUUUUGGGAUUACAUAGAAAACAAAGGAACAAAGAAGGAAGUCAUUUUCAUACAAGCAAAUUUGAUCACGAGUAACUUUUAUGGUUUAAUGGACCAACAAAGGAACAAAGAAGGAAGUCAUUUUCAUACAAGCAAAUUUGAUCACGAGUAGCUUUGAUGGUUUAAUGGACCAAUUGAUUUGCUUAUCGGAGUCAGAAACACAGUCUAACGAAUGGCAAUGUUGAGCUGCAAAAGAUGAAAGAAACAUAAUUUAUUCAGCUCCAUGAAUGGUCCUGCUCAGUCUUCCCUGUUUUAUGUUCCCUGAAUAUUCAAAACAACCCCAACCUUUUUAGUGUAGCAUCUCUAAAGGCUUUCAGAAUUUGAUGGACCCUGUGAUUUGACUGUUAAAAUGAUGUUGUAUGUAUUUUAUGGUGUCGGAUUUGGCUCAAGUGUUGUAAAAAACACCACAGAAGAUUUCGUAUAGUUUUUUCAACAGUCUAGAUUAAAUAUCAAUAUCUCGCUCUUUCUCAUGAAGAAACUAAAUUUGAAUCAUUGAAACAACUACAGGAGCUUUGUUGUAUACACGCAUAUGUAAUAGAUUUUUUUUUG